AUGAUUUAAUAGUAUUUAUAAUAUUUGGAGUUGGUUUUGUGUGUCCUUUUGGUCACUAUAAAUUUCGGAAGAGAUCUAAUAGAAAAAUACUAGUGGUAGACAAUUUAAGUUAUGAAGCCAAUUAUUAUUAAUGUAAGAAAAGAGCAAAAAGAAUAUGAUUAUAGGAUAAAAUACGAAAAGGUUAAUAAAUUUGAAGUAUAAGAAAAGAAAGAUAUGAAUAACAACAAGAAUAAAAGAGUUUUUAAAUGA